AAGACGGUCCGUUGAUGAAGGUGAAAGGAGUAAAAGCUCCCUCCCACACACCAAAAGCACAAGUGACCUGUGAACCAUGUCCGAUGUUCCGAUGCCGCCGGAUGUACUCGCCCAAAUCCUAUCAUGGUUACCGGUAAGUUCACUUCUCCGAUUCAGGUCUGUUUCCAAAUCUUUCCGUGCCCUAAUUGAUAGUGACUACGUGAUUAAGCUCCAUGUGAAUCACUCCGUUCAAACCAACACUAAUCUCAAUCUGCUUUUCGGUGGUGAUAGAACUCUUUGCUAUCUUAGCUUGCAUGAAUCGAGUAAAGCUGUUACCAAAAUAGAUAACCCUUUGUAUUUUGCAAUUUUCGAAACUGUAAUUUUGGGUUCUUGCAACGGCGUGGUAUGUUUGUGCACAACUGAACCGGAUAAUGAAAUUGCUUUCUGGAAUCCUUUGGUCCGCAAGUUCAAAAAAAUACGGUUGGCCCCAGCGAAAUGUAUAGAAGGACUUGGUCGAGGAAUUUGCAUCAAGGGUUUUGGGUAUGAUCAUGUGAAUGAUGACCAUAAGGUGGUGAGAUUGGUUCAAUAUUGUAGCUUGUAUAAUGAUAUUGUUCAUUCGACAAUAGAGGUUUUCAGCUCGAAAACGGAUGCAUGGAGAGAAGUUAGGGAUUUCCCCUAUUACCUUUGCUACCGAAGAAACUUCAAUACUUUUGCCGUGGGUGCUUUGCAUUGGUUAGUGAGUCUAAAACCUGAGGCCAAAUUUGAUUUUCGGAUUGCCGCCUUUGACCUAACGACUGAGGAGUUGUGUCUGCUUCCCCAACCUGAUUUUGCAAAUGAGAUGGUCCGACUCAAUUUGUGUGUAUUGGGUGGAUGUCUUUCUAUGGUCUGUAAUUAUCCCAGGAAACAUGUUGACAUAUGGGUCAUGAAAAGUUAUGGAGUUAAGGAUUCGUGGACCAAGUUAAUUUCGACUGCAGAUGUUAAGCUCAUCAAGGAAUCAGAUUUCUUGAGGCCUAUUGUGUAUUCUAGAAGUGGUGAAGAAGUGCUAUUGGAAAAGAACUUUGAGAGACUUUACUGGUAUCAUCUCGAGAAUAAGACGGUAAAAAGAUUAAAGGUUCCUGGCAUGCCAAGGUUAUUUGUUACUGAAACCUUUACAGGAAGCCUAGUUCAGGUGAACAUUGGUAGCGCUUCUGGAAGUGGCACAAAGAAGGAAAAAACGGAGGACAAGAAUGACAGAAAAAGAGAUGACUUUUUAUCAAAGGGGUUCAGAUUAGUGCUUUGAGGAAAAAAGGAACUGAGGAGGAUUGAUGCUGGAAAUCAUAUGAGGGAUUUUCUUCAGACAUCUAACUGCUCAUGCUUUUGUGAAGUUGUGGGCAUGAGAUGUAUGCUGCUGUAGGAGUCUAACAUAGAUUAGGGUUUCGGCUCCACUGUUAAAAAGUUUUGAUGGUUGGCAUACGCGGUGAUACGUGUUGCUAUCCUCUUUCUUAAGCUUUACUUGUUUGAAGGAUCAUUUGUUUUCACUAAACCGCUUUCAUCCAAGUGUCUGCUUCGACUACAUAAUGAUACAUUUCAAGUUGGUUUCUAUAUACAUACCGAAUGCUGCAAUUCUAGCUAAAGCCAAACCAAACCGAACACACCCUAUAUGUGUCAUUUGAAAUUUGGGUCGAGAUUGUGUGCGUGUGCUGACCUGUCAUCUAUCCCAAAUGAUACAGUGGUUUAUUUGUUUCAGCAAAUCAUAUGGACAAAUUAGCAAUUUGCAAUAAAACCACAUGUAGAUUACUCUUUAA